AUGCCAUCCUCGUUGUCCUCCCUUCCUCAAGAGUUGCUAAUCGAGAUCAUGACCCAUCUCGACAGUCGUUCCAUCCUUCAGAUGGCGCUUAGCUGCCGUUCUUUUCAUGCAGUCUUCCAGUCAACUCCCAUCCGCUACAUCUAUGAGCUUGGAAUGGAUUCUAUGCAGGACGCUGGAUCUGGCAAAUCGACUGAUGAGCUACUUGUUCUCCUGCGAGAUUCCACCAAACUACCAACCUAUCAAGCAAUCUGCAGGAAUAUUGGCGGGGCUGUUGAGAAUGAUAUUCUAGUCAUCUAUCUGCCAUCGUCCACCCAACCUAGUCACACCAUCCGCAACCCGAUCGGCACACACUGUAUCCAGGAUUUCGCUAUCGAUGCCAAUCAGGAUCUGAUCAUUCUGGCAGAAUACCCGCAAGUCUACCUUUCCCGCAUCAGUCUUCACUGCCGCACGAUCUCGACAAACGAAGUCCAUCCCAAUGCAAUCCCAGGCGGUAUCCUUGAAUUCGAGAUACAUGAUAAACACUGGGAACGCCAGCUGCUCUCGAUGAAGGUUUCGCUCGCAGAUGAUGUCGUGGCACUUUGUGGGUCGUGGCGCGAGGGUUUGAACCACCUGCUGCUUUGGAAUUGGACCACGGGCCUGCUCCUCUUUAAUUCAUUCGAGGAUGUGCUGCCAAGGCGUUCCAUGAACCUGAACCUCGAGUUCGACUUCCUCCGUCAGGACGCAUUUCUCCUGGCAUCACCAAGCUUGAGUGGCCAGAUACUCAUCUACCGUUUCUCCCCUACGACGCCCGGAAUACCCGUACACGUCGCCUCGUUUGGGCUGCCACCCACUGCACCGCUGGCCGGGAUGCUCUUCAUACAUUCGCCUGAGCCCCGGGUGCUCACCUUUUUCAUUAACUAUCGUCGUGAAUCCUACUUGUUAUUCGUCUGGAGUUCGACGUUCCUAAGGUACAUGUACGCAACUGGCGCCAGCGAAGCACAGGAUAUGCCAUGGGAAACGUGGGGUGAGACGGAGAGUCGGUUUAUGAAAGUGAACACUGAGGGUGGAAGGCGUCGAAACCUUCAUGGAAGCGAUGCUAUCAACGCUUGUGGCAGCCGUGUUAUUCACGGAUUUCCUGACAGAACAAGCAUUGAGGUGAUGGAUUUCUCGAGCACUCAGGCAUGUCUCGCAUCUCCUAUCUGCAGGCGGUAUGGAUCAGACAAUCCUACCAUUGUGCCGCGUAAAGAGGUAUUCACCCAAGACGUCGUGACUCGCCUCCCACAUUGGGCAGUCUCGAAGGUGAUGGAGAGGAAAUCAGACACGUAUAUGAUCGACGAGGAACGCAUUAUAGCACUCCACGUAGGUCAUUUCCUGCACUUCGUCAUCAAACCUAUCUAUUGA